AUGAGGGGCAAGGGGACAUCUUCGGCGGUCAUCUCUCCUACCGCCGUGUAUUACAAUCUUGGUUCCUUCCACCGUCCAGUGACUACCCAAAGUAAGGAUGCUCAGCUUUGGUUUGAUCGCGGCCUAACUUGGGCAUAUGCCUUCAACCACGAAGAGUCAGCACGAUGCUUCGAAAGGGCUAUCAAUUACGAUCCUUUCUGCGCUAUGGCGUACUGGGGACUUGCUUUCGUCCUGGGCCCCAAUUACAACAAGCCGUGGAAAGUAUUUGACGGAGAGGACCUCGCCGCCACAGCGAAAAGAGCCCAUCACACCAUUAUGCAGGCAAAGGGCCACUCUGCAGAUGCAUCACCCGUCGAGAUCGCCAUGAUAAAUGCCCUGAUUGCCCGGUAUCCGCAAGAGGAGCCUGCGGAUGACUGCUCGAAAUGGAAUGAAGAUUACGCCAAGGCCAUGGACACCGUUCUAAAGGCCUACCCGAACGAUCUUGAUGUUGUCGCUAUCUGGACAGAUGCCACGAUGAAUGUUACACCGUGGAAAUUGUGGAAUUACAAGACAGGAAAGCCCACUCCUGGAGCUAGGACGCUUGAAAUCAAAGAUGUGAUGGAUCGCACCUUCAAGCUUGAGGGUUCCCUUCGACACCCAGGCCUCCUCCACUUGUAUAUCCAUCUGAUGGAGAUGUCACCGACCCCUGAGGCUGCACUCACAAUAGCAGACAAUUUGCGAGGUCUCGUUCCGGACGCCGGGCACCUACAGCACAUGCCUACUCAUCUUGACAUACUGUGUGGCGAUUACCGCCGCGCUAUUGCCUCAAACUCCGACGCUAUCCGAGCUGACUCCAAAUUUCUUGCUAAAGAAGGACCGCUUAAUUUCUACACGCUGUAUCGCUCACACGACUUUCAUUUCAGGCUGUAUGCCGCCAUGUUGUGCGGACAGUCAAAGGUCGCCCUUCAGACUAUUGAUGAGCUCGAGUCAACAAUCUCGGAGGACCUGUUACGGAUCAGAUCCCCGCCGAUGGCGGACUGGCUGGAAGGCUUUUUGGGCAUGCGCAUGCACGCUCUCAUCCGCUUCGGAAAAUGGGAAGAUAUCCUCGCCCUCAAGCUUCCUCACGACCCUGUUCUCUACUGUACAACAACUGCUAUGACGCAUUACGCAAAGGGUGUCGCCUUUGCGGCAACUGGAAGGGUAGAAGAGGCUGAGAAAGAGCGCGCUCAUUUCGCAAAAGCCCUUAAAAAUGUCCCUCCCUCACGGAUUGUGUUCAACAACCCUUGCCAAGAAACCCUUGCCAUUGCAGAGGCAAUGCUAGAUGGCGAAUUGGCAUAUCGAAAGGGCAACUACGACACCGCUUUCGCAUAUUUGCGGAAGUCUGUGGAGAAAGACGAUGCACUACCCUAUGAUGAGCCAUGGGGCUGGAUGCAGCCGACGCGCCACGCGCUUGGUGCGUUACUCUUGGAGCAAGGACACGUAGAGGAGGCUGCUGCUGUCUACAGUGCGGAUCUCGGGAUCGAUGAGACUUUGCCCCGUGCCCUAAGACAUCCGAACAAUGUUUGGGCCCUCCACGGUUUCUACGAGUGUCUCACGAAGUUGGGUCGAACAGAUGAAGCCAAGAUUCUGAAGCCGCAGUUGGCCCUGGCCCUGGCUGUAUCGGACGUCCCUAUCAAGUCGUCGUGUUUCUGUAGACAAAAGACGGUCGAUUGA